AUGGCCGACAGCCCCACCCUUCCCUACGUCUUGGGAAUCGGCACUGCGCCAACCUCUACAAUUCAACUUCUAGGGUACGUCGCCGCCGCCGUUAUAUGCAUACUGCUCGAGUACGUCCUGCAAGUCCUCCCGCGAUGCCGCAGAUUUGCCGCCACCCGUCUCAACGAGCUCCUUGCGGCAGGACGAGAGAUAAUGCGGCCGCCCCGUAGCCUCAGUAAAACAGCUCGGUGCGUCACCGUACUGCUGCGCCAGUGGGAGGUCUUUACGGUUCCUGGCAUCACCUUUGUGCUGCUAUACGUGUGCACCAUCACAAGCCUUCUGCAUCUCUACCGCUUCCACAACAACCCUGAUAAUAUUCAGCUGUGGACCUACCAAGAGACGCACUUUGACCUCACAACGAUGGGGCCCUCACUCGUCUCCCCUGUGCACGACCCGCGCUCCUUGAGCCCGCACGGCCCGCGGUCGAGCCGCACGCUUGCGCACUUCUGCGGCAGACCCACGGCAAGCAGCUACGACGGCUACACCGGCGCGCCGCACGCGGCGUACAUCCACCACGACGUGGAGCGCGACCGCUACGUGGUGCGCACCUUCGGCCGCGGUGGCACGCGCGUGGACGAGCGGCGACGCAGCGGUGUGGGCCGCAGCACCUACGAGGCCUUCUGCGCCGCGCCGCGCCGCGUGCAGCUUGGCACGCCACUGGCGCCGUCGCCGUGGCUCGACGGCGAGGCCAACUGGCAGCUGGGCGACGCCGGCGCAGCGCCGCGGCACGCCGUCAACGGCGCCUUCCGUUUUGCUGUGCAGCCCCUCGCCGUGCCGCACGCAGCGGCCGCGGCAGUAGCCAGCAAUGCCACCGCCAGCCGCAGCGCCGACGCGGACUUCACCAAGGCGGACCAGGGCCUGCGCACGCACUACCGCCGCUACACGCGUGACGAGCUGCUGCAGCGCCACGCGCACCUCGACUUCAUCUACUCCUACGUCAACGGCAGCGACAUCACGCGCGGCUACACGAAGCCGUUUGCGAAGACGUGGGAGUGCUGGAACAUGAUCGCAUCGGUGCAGCUGCUGUGGGGCGAGAUGCAGCGUGCGGCCGACAUUGGCGCCGACGCACCGCCGCUGCCGAGG